AUGGUGAAGUUAGGAAAAAAGUCCAAGCGGACGCCCGUCCGGCUGCGACACAAGAUUGAAAAGGCCGGCGCAGCAAAGCAGAGAAAAGCAAGGAAGCAAGCUAAGAAGGACCCGACAUGGCGCUCAAAGAUCAAGAAAGACCCCGGCAUCCCCAACCUAUUCCCAUUCAAAGACAAGAUCCUUGCAGAGAUCGAAGAAAAGAAGCGGCAAAAACAAGAGGAACAGCUCCGUAUCCGUGAAGAAGCUCGCGAACGUCGCAAAGCCGAGAAGAAGGCUGCCGGCAUCGAGACUGCUGAUGACGAGGAUGAGGACGAUGAGAUCAUCGACGAUAUUGAUAUUGAGGAUGAUGACGAGGACGUCGAUGGCAUGGACGAAGAUGGCGAUGGCUCGAACCCCAUGGCUGCUUUGCUUGCAUCUGCACGAGCAAGAGCUGCUGAAUACGAAGAAAAUGGCGACGAGAUGAGUGAAGACUACGAUGACGACGAAGACGAGGAUCGCAUGGAUGAAGAUGCUGAGCAGGGAGGCGUCUCUUUGCAGUCUGGUGAUAUCCCCACAAUCGCAUCCCAAGUUGCAUCCAAAGAAAGCUCGCGACGCGCAUUCGACAAGGUCUUUAAGCAGGUGGCGCAAGCAGCAGAUGUUAUUCUCUACGUUCUCGAUGCGCGAGACCCCGAAGGUACACGAUCCAAAGACGUCGAGCGCGAAAUCAUGGCAGCAGAGGGCGGCUCAAAACGAUUGAUCCUCAUCCUCAACAAGAUCGACCUCGUGCCUCCUGCCGUGCUCAAAGGAUGGCUGAUUCAUCUCCGACGAUAUUUCCCGACUCUCCCCCUCAAGGCCUCCAACGGUGCACCCAACGUUCACAGCUUCGACCACAAACAGUUGACCGUAAAAGGCACAUCCGAGACACUUUUCAAAGCACUCAAGUCAUAUUCUCAAACCUCGCAACUGAAGCGAGCCAUCUCCGUCGGUGUCAUCGGAUACCCCAACGUUGGAAAAUCGUCCGUCAUCAACGCGCUUACAGCCCGUCUCAACCGCGGACGCAGCAAUGCCUGCCCUACGGGCGCCGAAGCAGGUGUGACCACGAGUCUGCGCGAAGUCAAGCUGGACAGCAAAUUGAAACUUAUCGAUUCCCCUGGUAUCGUCUUCCCGAAUAGCAGCAAAGCAUCCUCCAAGAAGAAGAAAGAAAACGACGAAGCUCGUUUGGUGUUAUUGAAUGCCGUUCCUCCCAAACAAAUCACUGMCCCCAYCCCCGCCGUUAAUCUUCUUCUCAAACGCCUUCAAACUACCAAUGAAACCUUGUUUCAGAAAAUGCUCGGUUUGUAUGGAAUCAAUUCGUUGUUCCCGAUGAAUGGCGGAGAUACGACGACCGAUUUCUUGAUCCAGGUAGCUCGCAACCGCGGCCGAUUGGGUAAGGGAGGUGUUCCCAAUAUAGCGAGUGCGGCGAUGGCUGUCAUCACUGAUUGGCGCGAUGGCAGAAUCCAGGGCUGGCUUGAGCCGCCUGUUUUGGCUGUUGCGGGUGUCAAUACUGCUGCUGCUGCUUCUUCUGAUGCAGCAAACGCAGCAGACAAUGGUCCUGCCGCGGAUGUGAAAGAGAUCGUCACAGAAUGGGCUAAGGAGUUCAACAUUGAAGGCUUAUGGGGCAAUGGCGAGAGCGAAGAGUGA